GUCUCCAUCAAAGAUCGAAGUAUCAUCCGCCAACACCAAACCUGAGAUUCCAGAAGAGACCAUUCCAUCUCUUUAUCAUGACGAAGUUAUUGCCAACUACAUGCUUCAAGAGAGUCUACCCGAAGACGAAGCUAUAGCCUUUACAUUGACCGAGGAACAGCAGGUGGCCAUAUUCGGCAUCCCGACGAUGUUAAGUCUGAAAAAGGAAGAAGCUCCCGAAGACACAGGUCCCGAAGCUCCACCUAAACCACCAGCCUACAUCGGCAUUUCUCGUGACAAGGCUGAACUUCUUGGUGUGUUGGAAAACGACCUGCCGGAACAAAAUUUGGAUGCUUUGAAAGAAAAAGUCAACGAGUACCCCGGCACUACUCUAACCUUCAUCGCAGAUCCAAGCCAAAAGUUCGCCGGUAACUUCCUGCUUAUUUUGUCACAAGAAUUGGACAAUCAGUUUCGCAUCGAAAAACUCGAGAUUGUUCGGACUGAAAUUGAAAAAGAGGAUGUGAUGGAAGAGGCAAACGACUCUGUUGCCUACAUAGAUGCCCGGGAGGACAAACCUUGGGUAAGCCAGGGUUCGGACAGGGAGAUUAUCCAAGCGAGUUUCUUCGAGACGAGACCACGUGUGGUGACAAACUAUGAGCGUCCGAGGCGCGAGUUCUGCGCCCCGUGUACGUUGGUAAAUCUGGAUGCAAAGAAGAUAUAUAAUGAAGUCAAGCCCUACGAGGACAAGAGCUUCGAGGUACCCAUUCUUGAAUUAGAGAGAGGAGUCUGCUGCACAAACCUCUAUUCUGAACACUUCACGAACACUGAAUGGCGCUAUCCACGCAAUCAGGUCGUCCAGUACGAGGCAAGAUCGAUGGGUCCAGAAGACUUACAGACGUAUACUAGUGCCCAGACACCACUUAAGGGUAUAGAAAACCUCCUACCGCUAUUUGAGCAGGGUCUUAAGCAGAAUCUUAUGUAUGAUUUUCUCUUCGACGACUAUAUUAAUUUGGCUCUGGGCGACGAUACCUAUGACAAUAAGUCGGGAAACACCUUCAAAGAGGUUAUCUCUUUCACAGACUUGAAGUUCAGUAAGGACAAGGCAGUAACGCAUAUUGAAUGGCACCCAACGAUUGAAGGUCUUGUUGCAAUGUCAGUGGGAGAAAAGUUAACCUACGAUGCCCGGAUUGAUCAAUGGUCGCGAAUCCUAACGACACCCUCCUUCAUCAUAAUUUGGAGCUUCUUUGAGCCCAUACAGCCACAGCUUUUGCUGGAAGCGCCAGAAGACAUACUUUGCUUCCAGUUCUCACCAACGGAUCCUUUCAUUAUCGCUGGCGGCUGCUUCAACGGUGAAGUCAUUUUGUGGGACAUCUCAAGGUAUGAGAAAGACCUUAGUGAUGUCAUCGAAAAAGUUAAGAGCAAGACCAAAGUUCCACUCUUCCAGUUUGAUGAAAAUGACGCACUAAAGGUGCCAAUUUCGCCGUGGUGUGCCAGCAGCAAUUUUGAUGCUUCACAUGGCACUCCCAUCACCCAGCUGGAAUGGGUGCCAGAUCACAUUGAAUUAAAUCGAGCCGGCUUCGUUACGGAGAACCCCAAAAGAAAGUGCCUCCAACUCAUGACAUGUGCCAUUGAAGGAGGUGUCUUCUUUUGGGACAUCCGGCCAGAAAAAUCACCGCUGGCCAUUGACAAAACUCGGGACCAACUCACGGUACCCAAGGAUGUGCCACCCACUUUUGCCGCGCUUGAUGCCAAGUGGAAGCCCAUCCUGCGCGUUAGUCUAUUUCGUCCAGAGAACGGACCAGAGCACUGUGCCAGACACUUCUGCAUGCGGGUAAGUCAAAAUACCGCAGUUAUUACUACUGCAGAGUUUGACUGA